CUUCUCUGAGAGUUCCAGGGAGGCUAUCAAAGCCUUUUGUCACAUUGUGAUGUGGACCAUGCAGCAUCUCAUUGUGGAUUUCUAGGUUUAAUACAAAAGAUGGAGUCCCCUGGCAUCUCUCUGAAAGGAGUGAAAAGCAUUGGCUGGCUUCUCUCCAUUGAAAUCCAACAGAGGGUGUGAAAAUAAACAUUGAAGCAUUUGUAACACAAAUUGUUUCCCACAGCGACUGAAUUAUUCCAGUUGUACCAAUCAGCAAGUAGUGACGGCCCGAGAGGACCAGGGCUCUAUAUAAAAAGGAGACAAGCCAUUCUCUAUCAGCGCACUUUUUGCCUGGGAACUAACAAGGGGAAGGUGGCAAACAUGGACAGGAGAACUUGGCCUUGGCACAGCGGGGUAAUGAGGAGGUUCUGUGUGGUACCUCUGCUUCUAGUUCUGGUGGAGGCAGCUCAGAAAUCCGAUCUAGGAGGUGAUGCCUCUGCUGCCCUCAUCAACCAUUCCCCGAUGCUCAUUCAACGCCUGCAAGACCUUUUUCAUAAAGGCAACUCCACUGAUACCAUCCUGAGGAUCCGUACCGCUAACUCAGAUGAGGUGAAAGUCAUUCACGUUCACCAGCUUCUCUUAACACUUCAGAGUGAUAUCUUUGAUGGGCUUCUUCUAAACCAAAGUGAGGUGACUCUACAGGAACCAGCUGAAUGUGCUGCCCUGUUUGAAAAAUUCAUCAGGUAUUUCUAUUGUGGAGAGAUUUCAGUCAAUUUGAAUCAGGCCAUCCCACUGCACCGCUUGGCCAACAAGUAUCACAUGACAGCUCUACAAAGAGGGGUAACUGAAUACAUGAAAACUCAUUUUUCCAGUGAGUCUGCUCAAGGCCAUGUUGUGAGCUGGUACCAUUAUGCCCUGAGGAUGGGUGACAUAAAUCUACAAGAAAGUUGUCUAAAGUUUCUGGCAUGGAAUCUUUCUACUAUUAUGAGCAGCAAUGAGUGGGUGACAGUGAGUGACAAGUUGAUGGUAUCCCUUCUUCAGCGCUCUGAUCUGGUUCUGCAGAGUGAGCUAGAGCUGUUUAGUGCUGUAGAAGAAUGGAUUAGCAAGAAUAAACCAGAUGCACCAGUGAUUGAAAAGGUUCUUCGGUCUAUUAGGUAUCCAAUGAUCUCGCCAAGCCAGCUCUUCCAGAUUCAGAAAGAAUCAGCUGUUCUGGCCUCCUACCACAAUUCAGUUCAAGACCUCAUGUUCCAGGCUUUCCAGUUUCACUCUGCCUCCCCAUUGCACUUUGCAAAGUAUUUUGAUGUCAACUGCAGCAUGUUUGUUCCUCGUAACUAUCUCUCCCCUUCUUGGGGUUCUCAGUGGAUAAUUAACAACCCAGCUAGAGAUGACAGAAGCCUAACCUUUCAAACUCAACUAGGUCCAAGCAACCAUGACACCAGCAAGAAAAUGACAUGGAAUGCCCUAUUUUCUCCUCGCUGGCUUCCAGUCAGCCUCCGACCCGUCUACUCGGAGUCGAUACCAAGCAGCUCUCAAUCAAAUCGCUUAGAGGAAGGGAAACCCCGUCUUGUUGUGACGUCAGCAAUGAGUGGAAUGGAUUUUGCAGGAGUUACAUUCCAGAAGACUCUGCUGGUUGGAGUUAAGAGACAACAGAGCAAGGUGUUUGUAAAACAUGUCUACAAUGUUCAUCAGAGCACCGAUGAAGUCUUUGACUUCCUGCUCCAGGCUGACCUGCAAAAAAGAACCUCGGAAUAUCUCAUUGACAACUCCCUGCACCUCCACAUUAUCAUAAAGCCUAUUUACCAUUCUUUGAUUAAAGCCAAGUGAAAUGUAAAUAAGACCCAGGCCUCUGGCAGAAACCCAAUGUGUCUGGAAUAACCACUUCCUCGCUAAUAUUGCCACCCAAAAAAUACAUAUGUGAUCCCCAAGAGCAAAUCUGCUGCAGGAUAUCUGAUGUAUUAAGCAGUACAGACUAAUAUCCCUGCCUAGCAGCAAAGUGUUUUUCUCAAUGCAAGGAAGCCAAUAAAUGCUAACCUUUACCUUGGCAAUACUAAGGAAAUGAUGUACAGACACUGCCUUUUCUCUCUUCUGUGGUUAAUGCUAUACAGAGGAAUUUGUUUAAAAAUAUUAGGUGGAAGUAUCUAAAUGAUCACUAUUGCAAUUAAUUUAUAUAAAAAGACAGAAGACAAGAACUUCAGUACAAAGAAUACAAAUUCAGACUUAGGCACAGACCUGUACCCAGGUAAAUAAGACAUUUUUCUUGUACCCCACUCUUGGGAGCUGUAAAUGUGCUUUCCUUCAUGAAUUUUUUUUGCAGAGGUCUAAUGUAGUCUGGCAUGGUGAUUCCUAAACUGCCUGUAAUAAAGAAAAUUGUAUAGCUAUA